AAUAAUGUCUGACGAUCAAAGUGCGAAUGUGGAACUGAUUAAGCAGCACAUUGGCGAGUAUCCGGAUUUCCCUAAGAAGGGUAUACUUUUCAAAGACAUCUUUACCGCACUGCGGCAUGGCGAGGUUUGCAAGGCCAUCAAAAACGUGCUCGUGUCGUACGUUCGGGAAACUUGCCCAGACGUUCAGGUGAUAGUGGGAUUGGAGGCUAGAGGAUUCCUAUUUAGUUUGCUUAUUGCCGCUGAGCUGGGUGUGGCAUCGGUACCAAUAAGAAAGAAGGGCAAACUGCCGGGAACCUGCGCCCAGCAGGAGUACGUACUGGAGUAUGGAACCGAUGUGUUUGAGAUACAAAAGGGAAGCAUCGUGCCCGGCCAAAAGGUGCUGAUAAUAGACGAUCUGUUGGCCACCGGUGGUACGAUGGAUGCAGCCAACAAGCUGGUACAGCAACUCGGCGGAACAGUGGCACGCAACGUAGUUAUCAUAGAGCUUACCGAACUGGGCGGAAGAAAGAAGCUUGAAGCGUCCGGUUCAAACGUACAUUCCUUUAUACAAUACCAUGACGUAGAAUGAGCUGGUU